CAUGAUAUAUAGCUAGCGAAUUGAAACAAGUAAGGUUUUGUUCUUCUUUGGUGAGGGUGGAAAGAAAGAGAAAAAUAGCGUUGGGAUAAAAAUGAUAUAGAAGAAGGUUGAAUAUUUAUAUAUAUAGUUUUGAGUUUUGAUAUGGAUGGAAAAGAGGUAGGUAGCAUGGAGAGUAAGUAAAAUUAUUCUUCCCGUGAGAGGUAGAAAAGUGAGAUAUAGGAGGUGAAGUUGAAGCAUGGGUAAGUAUAUAAGAUGCAUGGGAGUGCAUGAGUUAUAGUAUGAAGCCUGGAAACAUGGAGGAGAAGAUAGGAUCAGAGGAAAAAGUAACGGAGUAUCUGGCGGAGUACACAUUGGAGGGAAAAUGGGAGAAGGUGAAGGAAAUGUACUACACAAGGCCAGAAGCUCACAGCGCAAUAAUCAACGAGGGCGUGGGCACUGCGCUCCACGUGGCAGUGGAUUUGGACGAGGAGGGAGUGGUUCAAGAGCUGGUGAAUGCGAUCAUCACGGUGCAGCUGCAGCAACACAGCGUGAGGAUCAAGGCUCUGGAAGUGGGGAACGAUCGCGGGGACACUCCUCUGCACGUUGCGGCGUCGAGGGGGUUCGCCAAGAUAUGCAAUUGGAUCAUAGGAAUGAACAAUGAGAGGGUGUAUUUGGCCAGUCGGAAAAACAAACACGGGGAGACCCCUCUCUUUCUUGCUGCUAUCAACUGGAAGAAGCAGGCCUUUGCCUAUCUCUCUCACGUUUCCACCCACACCGCACCCUUGCAAGAUCUCGUCCGAGACAAUGGCGAUACCAUUCUCCACUGUGCUAUCAGGAGAGAAUAUUUCGAUUUGGCUGUCAUCAUAGUGCAUUAUUAUGACUUCCUGAGUACUCAUAAGAAUAAAGAAGGAUUCACUCCUCUCAAAGUGCUUGCCACUCGGCCCUCGGCUUUCAAAAGUGCUAGCAAGCUUUCAUGGUGGAAGCGAAUACUGUAUCACUGUAUACUUGUAGAACCACUGGAUGCUGAAAAACAGAUGAAGGCGAAUUUGGCCAAGAUGGAGAAGCAACCAAAAUCGGAUAAAGUGAAUUAUCCAAAGAACUAUGCCACAUUAUGUGACUUCUUUACUGGAUCGUCAAGUGUUGCUGCUCUAUUUGGCAAACUGCCCGUGGAAAAGAAUCAGGUUGACACAGAAAACCCACCAAUGAAUAAACAGAGUAGAUUUGCAUUUGGAACUCGUCAGGUUGGAUUUUUGCCACCAAAUUAUGAAACAUUUCAACAAUUUGUGAGGACUGCAUAUGUACAUACUCUUGGCCUUUCAGGAGUGGAAUUAAAGGAAGUAAAGAAAACAAAGAAGAGGCAUCAAUGGAGUGGUCAACUCUUGAGGGCACUAAUGAAAAGACCUUAUGCAGCAUUCACCGGAAGUGGAGGUGUACCAACCGAUAUGGAAGUUGAAGCAGAUAUGUAUAAUGUUUAUAGUCAAUGGAAACAAGGUGAAACCAGUGAAUUGGGGUGGUUGGAAGAAGAAAGAGAACCAGAGGCGGAUGAUAAUACACGAACCUUUACCCGAAGUGACACAAUUAAGAAUGAAACUGAUCAAAAUGGCAAGGAGACACCAUUUUUAGUUGCUGCAAGAAAUGGCAUAGUUGAAAUGGUGAAUGAAAUUUUACAUCGAAUUCCAAGUGUCAUCCAUAACACCAACUCAAAGAAAGAAAACGUGUUGCUUGUGGCAGUGGUGAGCAGACAACCUCUUGUUGUUGAGUGUUUGAGAAUGAAAAUGCAGUCAAAACCAGAAGUGUGGAAUAACUUAAUUCUAGCAGUAGAUGAGGAUGAGAACACCAUGUUGCACUUAGCAGCAUAUGCUCCAGGUGGGGAUAAGCCUUGGCAGAUAGCUGGUUCUGCCUUGCAAAUGAUGUGGGAUAUUAAGUGGUUUCAGUAUAUUAAAAGCCUUGUGCCACAACAUUUUUUGUUUAGAAGCGACAAAGAGGCCAAAACCGCAGGGGAAAUCUUCGAGGAAACACAUAAAGAACUUAUAAAGGAAAGUGGUGAUUGGCUUAAGGAUACAUCUGAAUCAUGUUCUGUGGUGGCUGCACUAGUUGCUGGUGUUUCCUUUGCUACAGCUAGUAGUGUCCCUGGUGGAACCAACGAAGAAGGUAGGCCUAACUUAGAGGGCAAGCCUGCAUUCGAUGUAUUUGCUAUUGCUUCUCUUGUUGGACUUUGCUUCUCUGUCACUGGACUCAUAAUGUUCCUUACCAUACUCACAUCUCGAAAGCAAGCCAAAGAUUUUCGCAGAGAUUUGCCACUCAAACUUCUUCUUGGCUUGAGUUCUCUUUUCGUAUCCAUUGGUGCAAUGUUUGUGUCUUUUUGCACUGGCCAUUUUUUUCUGCUUAGUCACAGAUACAAGAUGGUCCUGUACCCCAUUUAUGCAGCCACUUGUUUUCCUGUGACUUUCUAUGCUGUGGCACAAUUUCCACUAUACUUCGAUCUUCUCACGGCCAUUAUAACUAAGGUGCCACGGGCAAGUGAUAAAGGAGACAGGUUAUAGAAGCAUCUAUCAUAUCAUUGAUUCAGUGUGGUAUUGUAUUCAUGUAAAUGUCAUGCAAACCCUUUUUGGUUUGUCGAUUUUCCUUUGUGUUACGAUUGUGUUUGAGUAGAAAGGUGUGAGCAUGUUCUCGGGGUAAAUAUCAAAACAGCUAAUGUGGUGUUCAUUUAUACACGUAAUAAUCAUGUGCCGUGAGCUAUUAAGAUAAGAGAUUAUGAACUGUAGCCUCAUUGUGUUGGUUAAAGUUUGCGAUUAAGAAAUUAAGUUUUUGGA